GCGUCGCGCAUGCGUGAGCGCGCGCGUCUACUCGCCCAAGUUGCCGAAGGAAGGCCGCCGCCGCGGCGCCGCUCGUAAGCGGCUUUCAUUGUGUCAUUUGGCCCCGGUGCCCUCGGCGGCCUGCGGGGCGGGCGGACGGACUCGGAGCCAAACGCAGCCGCCAACGAGGGGGGCAGAAACGAUUUUUUUUUUUUUUUUUUUGCCUCAAAAUGUUCCUUUUCAGCAACGCCGGCGGAUCUUGAAGGACUUCGGUUUAUCCUCCACCGAGAGCGCUUUGCGGACCUUCUUAUUUGGUUUGGUUUGGUUUGGUUUUGUUUCCGGCGGCGCCGUCCCUCAUGAGAGCCCGGGGCCGGGGCCAGGGGGGGGCGCAGCAGAGGAGCCGCCGAGGACGGAGAUGACGGACAACGCCGCCCCCGGGGGGUCGCCGUCUCCCUCGGCGCGGGGGCACAACGUGGCCGCUCUGGUGCUGGGCGUGCUGCUGAUCGCGGUGAUCGUGGGAGGCAACGCGCUGGUGUGCGUCAGCGUGCUGACCGAGAAAGCCCUCAAGACCACCACAAACUACUUCAUCGUCAGCCUGGCGGUGGCCGACCUGCUGCUGGCCGUGCUGGUGCUGCCCCUCUUCGUCUACUCCGAGUUCCAGGACGGCGUGUGGACGCUGAGCACGGGCGUGUGCGACGGCCUGAUGAGCAUGGACGUCAUGCUGUGCACCGCCUCCAUCUUUAACCUGUGCGCCAUCAGCGUCGACAGGUUCAUCGCGGUGCUGAUCCCGCUCAACUACAACCGCAAGCACGUGGACCUGCGGCAGGCCGUCCUGCUGUCGGCCACGUGGCUCCUGGCCUUGGCGGUGGCCUCCCCCGUCAUGCUGGGCGUCAACCAGGUGGCGGGUCGGCGCCCCGGCGAGUGCAAGCUGGAGAACGCCGACUACGUGCUCUACUCGUCCGUGUGCUCCUUCUUCAUCCCGUGUCCCGUCAUGCUGCUGCUCUACUGCGGGAUGUUCCGCGGCCUGCGGCGCUGGGAGGAGGCGCGCAAGGCCAAGCUGAGGAACAGCAUCCAGGCCUGCCGCAAGCUGCGGCAGGCUAACGCCGAGGCCGCCGCCUCGCUCCCGCCCUUGGCCGGCCUGCCGCCGCUUUUGCCGCCCGUCAUCGAGCGGGAACCGGCCGACCAAGCCGCCGCCGCCGCCGCCGCUCCCCCGUCCUCGGGACGAGCGCCGACGGUCAGCUUCGCCGAUGUCAAGUUCAACCCCCAACCUCGGCGCAGGAGCAGGGCCAAGAUCAACACCCGCGAGAGGAAGGCCAUGAAGGUGCUGCCUGUGGUCGUAGGCGUGUUCCUGUUGUGCUGGACGCCGUUCUUCGUGCUGCACAUCGUGCGCGCUCGCUGCCAGGCGUGCGACAUCCCGCCGGCCGUCAUGAGCGUGGCCACGUGGCUGGGCUACGUCAACAGCGCACUCAAUCCCGUCAUCUACACCGCCUUCAACGCAGAGUUCCGCCGCUUUUUCAAAAACUUCCUGCGCCGCGGCUGCUGCUGCUGCUCCUCCCGCCGCGGCGCCGCAUGAACCCGCUCGCUCUUUGUUGCUGUCGUGGUUUGCUCGGCGCGCCAUAGACGGGAACUUUUUUUUUUCAAAGUCAGUCUCAUCUUUUCACAAUAAAAGCUUUC